ACAUUGCUCAAACGUGCACUUCCUGGAUCUGGGUGAUGUCGAUAAUUUUAUUAUGGUUAUGCUAGGUUCAGUAAUAUGCUUAGAACCAACACUGGUAAUGGGAUUUCUUUGAGCAUUAAGUUUCCUGUUUAACCUUAAAUCACAUUGUACACAGUGGAGCUUACAGCCUCUGUCGUGUAUUACUGGCAUCAAUAAACAGGGCUAACUAGCUGUUGAAGCUAACUCAACUGCACUUCAAGCAUCGUCCGCCUUGUUGUUGUUAUGCAUUUGUGAGUACUUCGGGUGCAAGAAUAAGAUUACCAAAGUUGCAGCUUUUCCAAAUCUAGAAACGCUAAGCCAUGAAUGCAGAAGAUGCAAACCCCGCCGCCACACCCACCCCUUGUGGAGACAUUCAUGGAGAUGGACGAUGGAUGUCCAUGCAUGAACGUUUUGUGUCUGAUGGCAAAGGAAAGGAGCCCGAGGUUGUUUUUGUGGGGGACUCACUAGUUCAAUUGAUGCAUCAGUUUGGGAUCUGGCGACAACUAUUUUCUCCUCUACAUUCGCUUAAUUUUGGCAUUGGUGGUGAUGCAACACAACAUGUGCUGUGGAGACUUUCUAAUGGUGAACUUGAUAACAUCAGCCCCAAGGUUAUAGUCCUAUGGGUAGGAACCAACAACCAUGGUCACACUGCUGAACAAAUCUGUGGAGGUAUUAUGGCCAUUGUCCAAGUCAUCAAGAACAAGCUCCCGCUGGCUCACACACUUGUACUUGGUCUGCUCCCAAGAGGUAAAAUGCCAAACCCUCUACGUGAGAAAAAUGCCUUGGUGAACAAGCUGGUGCAAGAGGCCUUAUCUUCUCUUCCAUACACCUCUUUUCUUAAUGUUGACCCUGGCUUUGUGCACUCCAACGGUAGCAUCUCCCACCAAGACAUGUAUGAUUACCUUCACCUGACACCCAAGGGCUACGAGGCUGUGUGCGAUCCUCUGCACGAACAUAUUAAGUCUCUGCUGGAAAAACCCCCUGAGCACUGAAAAAACAUUUUUUUGUUCUGAACAUACUUAAACUUUUCCCUAUUCACAAUUAUCAAUUCCAUAUUUUAAGAUAUAUCCUCCAUGAAUACUGUGCUGUCUCUUGUAAAGGUUUAAGAUCUUAUAAGAACAAAUUUGCUAUUUUCCUCUUUUUCCUAGAAUGUCUAUUCAUAAUUAUAUUACUUGCUUUUUUCUUUUCUUUUUUUUUUUUUGUUUUUUUGUUUUUUUUAACAAAUUGUUAUGUUUACUUAUACCUAUGCUCUGCUGUACAUGUUGAUGAGUUGCCACUAUACAAUGAAUAUUGUAUGUUACAAAUACUUGUAUAUGCACUAUAUAUGUAAGGACAUCUAAUGUUACAGGGCUUUUUCUUAAACUAAAAUGCACAUGAAUCUACUCGUAAAAUGACAUAUGCAUUGCCCUUUUCUUUGAUAUUACUGGAUAUUAUGCAUUAAACUA